ACGUCUUGACAUUAAAAUUUAGUACCUACUAGUACUCCAGAGAUUCACGUCGAUUCGCUAUGUUUGUUGUUCUAUUAUAAAUAUAUCAUUUCGCGUUCUAAGCUUUAACUUUUAAGUCUGUGUAUAAAUCAUUCAAAGUCAAGAAAAAUCCGGCUUGAUGGACCUACCGAAUGAGUUACGUCGAAAUUUUAGUAUGAUGCUAGAUCUUGGCGCAAAAACUAAAAACCUCAUGACCGACGUUGACAAAAUGGCCGACAAUUUGAUGUCAAAUAUCCAAAAGAAUUCGCCAGAAAAAACCACUGAUACUUUGGCAAGCAUUCAACGUAAGUUUGACGCAGCUAAAGAAUUUAGUGACGACAAAGUGCAGUUAUCAAUUCAAACUUAUGAGCUGGUGGAUAAACGAAUUAGGGAAUUAGAUUUAGAAAUAGCUCGAUAUAAACCCGGCAACAAAUUAAAAGAUGAAAUACGUGACACUGCCAUCAACACUAAGAGAAAAUUACAAACGAAAAAAGGAGGUACAGCAUUGACAAAAGCUGCAAUUUCAGCCAUUAUCUCUGGUUCAACAAAACCUACCAAUAGCGUAGCCAAUGUCGCAGUAGAGACUAAUUCUCUUACUGGUGCAGUUUUAGCAGACAUGCCUAUCGAUCCCAAUGAACCAUUAUUUUGUCUAUGCAACGAUGUAUCCUUUGGUGAAAUGAUAUUUUGUGAUAACCCAGAUUGUGCUGUUGAAUGGUUCCACUUCGCAUGUGUCGAUUUAAUUACCAAGCCCAAAGAAAAAUGGUUUUGUCCAAAAUGCCAAAAAGACAUGGAGAAAAAAUAACACACUUUUAAAUUGAAAUGUAUUUUUA